AUGAAGUCACUCUGGAUAAUCCUCCUCCUACUGGUGCAAGCAAAGGCAGAGGGCGGUAGAUAUUUCGCUAUGGCUCUUACCAGCGCACAAAUGCAUGACGAGGUGGAAGGCAAUCCCACUGCUGGAAUGCCUAUGUCUCAAGAACAACUACAGGAGAUGGUGUGGUUUUUCCGGAGAGGAGAUUCAUCCACGUGGAAUUACUCCAUUCUAGUCCUGUCCUUUGUGGUUCUGUUUCUCGGCCUCCUUCUUCUGGGAAUGAAUAUCAUGGCAAACAGAACUAGAAAGAUUAUCCUCGUGUAUGAACAAGCUGCCAAAACUGCCAAACCAGCUGAGCCAGACGCCAAGCCACCCUUUGUGGAUAUGAAGGAAGAUGAUAAUUUGAAUCCUUUAAUACAAGAUUUGCUGCCAAAAGGACAAAGACCAGGGGAGGUUUUGGUUCAGUGGAAGGAUGGCAACGUGACAGCCCUGUAUGCAGACAAGCCAGAGGAGGACAUGUAA